AUGAAAGCUUUAUCACAUGUAACACAGAAAAAUGCUAAUUACAGCUUGGUUAAUUCAGUUCAUUCGCAAAAUACAAUGAAUGAAAAUAUUCUGAAUUCUGAUAAUAAAUCUCGUUUCGAAGCAGUUAUCAAACAAUCAGAAAAAAACAAAUCAAUAAUCAUGGGUGUGUAUAACUCCGUUAUUAAACAAAUUCUACAUCCUAAAAUCGAAAAUGAAGAAAAUAUGAAGUCCAUUUUUACUUUAUUAUCACAGUAUAUUAGUGAAUUUUUGAACAAUAAAAUGCCAAAUUAUACAAUAAACUUGCCAAAUGAGACAUCUUAUCCUGAUUUCAAUAACAUUAAUAUCAAAAUUAAUGUGAAUGAUGAAACGAGGCAUUUAUUAUCACAACAUAUAAAACAGCUUCAGGAAUUUCGACAGAACCAACGAAUUGGGUAUCAAUAUUCCACUCAACAGCAAAACCAAGAACCACAUUUUAGAAUGCAGCAAUUCAACAACACAUACGCGCAAGCUCAAGGUGUAGGAAUGUACAACACCAAAAACUGGCCUAGGAGUGAUAACUCAGUGGCAACACAAGUCCCCACACUGCAACAGAUUACACUUGAUCAGAGUCUCCAUACAGGAUUUUUGCAAGCCGUACCCCGCCCUAAAGGUCAAACCAGGCGCCCACAUUCUUUUCGAGACUUUUCAGGUAACAACAAAAAUUAUAAUAAUCAACGACAACAUCCGUAUCGCAAUCAAAUCCAAGAUCUAGCUAGGCCUCCAAGAGCUCAAAGUCAUUACGAUUCCAACAACAAUGUGAUAGCGUUACAUCAAGAACAACAACUACAACAACAACAGAAUGAAAUGAAAAGAAAUAAUAACUGGCAACAACAAGACGCCGCUGGCCUCAAGCAGUAUAUUAUGCCACAUAACUAA